AUGGCGACCAUUACUGAGCUCGACGCUCAUGAACAGCCAUCCGAAGAAAUGAGGGCCUCCUGGAAGAGCUAUUCCAAACUGGAGGCCUUCCACUUGCGCAACCACCCAGAUAUUGACGACCCCAGGUCUGAGGGUCAAGCAAAAGACUACAAGGUCGCCGGUGUCAUCCCCGCCGAAAAGGUGGCCAGCGCUUUUGCAUCAGUCCACCCCGAGCCAAUCGACCCUUCGACGAUACGAGAUGUUCCCAUUUUAUACCACCCAUUGCUACCAGGCCUCCUCAUCGUGCCCGACCUGGUCCCCCCAGCCGUGCAGAAGUCCCUCAUCUCCCUGAUGGUCCAUCGUGACCUGAGCGUCCGCCAUCACAUGACAAACAUGCAUCCCUUUUACGAGGUCCCCUAUCGUCAAGACACGGACGAAGACAGGUCCUUCUUUUCAUACCCACCAGACCCAGCACCAAUAUUCACACCCAAGGACCCCGCUGUACACAAACCCCUCUCCAUCAAGCAGGUUCUUGACCGCCGCCUGCACUGGGUGACCCUCGGCGGACAGUACGAUUGGACGAACCGCAUAUACCCCGGCGAGGAGCCGCCUGUCUUCCCGCCGGACAUUGCAAGCUUCCUCGAGGACCUCUUCCCCGAGACGCGCGCGCAGGCGGCCAUUGUCAACUUUUACACACCAGGCGACACGAUGAUGAUGCACCGCGACGUCAGCGAGGAGACGGACAGAGGGCUCGUGAGCUUGAGUUUCGGGUGUGAUGGGCUCUUCAUGAUUGCGCCCAACGGCGCGGGCGAAAUUCCGGACGACGUCAAGGCGCAGGGCAAAGAGUAUCUGCUACUGAGGCUCAGAUCAGGGGACGCCAUCUACAUGACGCAGGAGGCGAGAUUUGCAUGGCAUGGCGUGCCCAAGGUGCUCAAGGGAACGUGUCCAGAGUGGCUGCAGGACUGGCCGGCUGAGGAGGGAAAGUAUGAGGGCUGGAAAGGAUGGAUGAAGAACAAGCGGAUCAACCUGAAUGUGCGACAGAUGCGGGAGUAG